AUGCGCAGCAAGAACAGUAUCCAGAACUAUACUCCUCAUGACAGUGACGCUAUGGAUCAAUACGUUGUCCUACUUCUUAGGGAGGAAGAGAUGAUCGAGGCUAUGCGAACUGUCAACCUCGAAAGAGCACCUGAACUGGCCAACAAGCUGGACAGAAAUCUUUGGGGACCUUGGGAUUAUCUCAACAAAUCCAACAUGAUAUCUCCAGAGAAAAGGCUCGAAUCUUUACAAAGACUCAAGAGGGGAGUUAAAGAAGCCGAGGAGCUCACUGAGAUUCGCGAUCAGAGAGGAAAGGUAUUGGAAGCCGCUUCUGAUGCCCUCCGGGUCCGGAAGGACUCUUGCAACGAAGAUGGUGCCGAAAUUAUCACCACUACCAAUAACACAAAGGAUGCCAGGGAUUUCAAGCCCAAAACAGUCACCACGGUCACCAGAAAUCAAUCAAUACGGACCCCAAGUUACAACGGUACAUACAGCUGGUCCAGGGAGUUCUGCCGCAUCAAACAACAACACAAAAACGUCGAACUGUACAAAGGGCAAGAUCAGGUUAGAGCCUGGAACCAGGUCCUGAUUUACGGGACAUAUAUCAAGCACAAAAUCCCUGAGCAGCAAUUUCGUCGUCACAACAUGAAGAGAGAGAAGCACAACAUCCGCCAUCUUCCUGAUACACUUGUUUAUCAGCCUUUUAAUGCUGUGACUCUUCACAAUUUCAAUUGUGAAUACUAUCUCAGGAGGAAGGCAGCAAAGGCUAUCCGUAUCAUCGUCACGCAGCAUUGA